GCGAAAUGUAAACAAAUGCAUGUGCGCCGUUUGGUGAAACUGGAAUUCUCCUUUUUUUUCAUUUAAAUAGUGUAAUAGUGAACUAAAAACAAACUACAAAAUGUCCAGAUCAUUAGUAAAGAAAGCCUUCAUACUGGCUGAGCAGGAACUGGCGGCAUCAAAGAGUAAAACAGACGAAAAAGCUACAAAAAGGAAAGCGAGUGCACUGGAGCUGAUACCGCGACACCAGAAGCUCGUCGAGCUGGUAGGCAAAAAGGGUAAAAGGGUGGAGAAAGACAUGAUAAGGCGCAGGGAAAAACUCACCGUCACGGACGUGCGGCACCAGAUCGCCAACCGGCACGAUCCCACAGAUGAUAACAUCAGGAAGCUGCUUAUGUUCUCCCGCUCAAGCCUCGACGAUGUUUCCCGCGAAACGAUCCUGAAGCGUGCCCGUACCGGUCGCUAUGUGUCGCGAGUGCGCGUUUCAAAGAAGGAUCACCACAACAACGACAGUUCGGUGACGGCAUACGACGACCAGGACGAGCAGGAUGCAGCCGGGCCGAGUGUGUUUACCGAGGAAGACUUUGCCAACUUUGCAAAGGAGCUGGAAAAGAGCGCUCUGGCGCAUUGAAAUAAAGUAACACAACGGUCGGUUCUUUUUCCGGCCGUUUUCCCCUA